CCUGGUGCCCAGAGGCAGCUACCAGCGGCUUGAGACAAAUGCAGCUCUUCCCUCCCCUUUCUGCCAGGGGCCCCACAGCACAGCCUUUUUCUCAGAGCCCCUAAGAUUGGUAUCCAAUCAAGGCAUGAUGGCUCUACCCCCUCCAAGACUGCUCAGCCCCUACGGCUCUGAUCGGUUGGUCUCUUUGGCAGCCCAGCUGCGGCCAGCACUAUGUGACACCCUCAUCAUUGUCGGGGGCCACGAAUUCCCCGCUCACAGCCUGGUGCUGGCAGGUGUUAGCCAGCAGCUGGGCCGAAGGGGCCGCUGGGCCCUGGCAGAAGGCAUCCGCCCUUCCACCUUUGCCCAGCUUUUGAACUUUGUCUAUGGGGAGAGUGUAGAGCUGCAGCCCGGGGAGCUGGGGCUCCUUGAGGAUGCAGCCAGGGCUUUGGGGGUGCAGGCUCUGGAAGAAGCAUGCAGGAGGGCUCGAAGGGACCCAGCUGAAGAUGUGCAGGAGGCAGGACUGAAGAAAGGAGGACAAGGGAGCCUUGGCAAGGAGCAGAAGCCAGAGGAUUUUAGACCUGGUGGGAGAGAAGAAAAGAUAUUACACAAGCCACCAAGAGAGCACCAGGAGGUGGCAGGAAUGACACAGGAUGGCUGGGGAGAGUUGAGACCAAAGGGGAAACUGAGCCAGGCCUCUGUUGGCCAAGGGGAAGCAGUUGGGAGGCAAGCAGUGGUCAUGCAGGUGACAGAGAGUCCAGAAGGCUCUGAGGAGAAGGUGCGGGAGUUCCCUGGCUCUCUUCCCCAGCCAAGUUCUCUCCAGAGCCACGGCACGCCCAGGCCCUGGUGGGUAGAAACUCCUUGGUUGGGGGAGGGCCAGGCUGCUGUGUGGAGCAUCCUGAUGUGGCCCCCCAGAUGUGGCGCUCCCUUCUCUCCCAGCACCUCUGGCACUGGCAUCUGGCAGGCCUGGCUUCCAGACCAGAGGAUCCCGCUGACAUUGAUCAGCCCCAAGGGGCUCUGCAGUAAGAAUCAGGUGGGCUCCUCCAAUCCCACCCCAGGUUCCCUUCCCCAGGGCCCCAUGGAGAUGGGAGAGUCUGGAUGGGGGUAUGGAGGUGAGCAGGGUGUGCUGGCAACCUGUGUGGGUCAUGUGGGCACCUCAGGCCGCCUAUCUCGGCGGCCUCCUACAGCCGGGUCUCGACCCUAUUCCUGCUCCGUUUGUGGGAAGAGAUUUUCUCUCAAGCAUCAGAUGGAGACCCACUACCGGGUCCACACAGGAGAGAAGCCUUUCUCCUGUAGCCUCUGUCCUCAGCGAUCCCGGGAUUUCUCUGCCAUGACCAAGCACCUGCGGACGCACGGGGCCGCACCCUACCGCUGCCCGCUCUGCGGGGCCGGCUGCCCCAGCCUGGCCUCCAUGCAGGCGCACAUGCGGGGCCACUCGCCCAGCCAACUCCCGCCGGGAUGGACCAUCCGCUCCACUUUCCUCUACUCCUCCUCGUCCUCGAAGCCGACACGCGCCUCGUCCUCUCCCGGGAGUUCCUCCUGAUCGGACGGGGUUGGGUAUGAGCCUGGCUUUGGGCUGCAGCUAGACUGAAAGAAUGAAAAAGGGAGGGUGGUGGUGGGCUGGGCUCUCCGAGCUGGCCCCGAUGCUAAGACGACCUAGCAAAUCGGGCUGCACGGAUGCCCGCAGGGCUGGCACCCCCUCCCAGCAGCACCCCCUCCCCGGAAGACCCACGUGUUGCCCAAGCCAGGGUACCAAAGAAGCCUCUGGGUUCGCAAACGUGAGGAGGAUGAACAGUCAGAGGACUGUCAAUGGCAUUGCCAUAAUAAAGUUUCCAG